GAUUAAGAUUAAGAGGAUUCUCCGCAGAGAUUGAAUGUGUGACUUUCAUCUGUUUUAUUUCUACAGUGACUUCACAAGUUUUAUUUCCAGUGUUUAUUUUCGGCGGGAGAAUUGUAAAACUCCAGGAAACAAGUGAAAUCUGUGUGACACUGUUGUAAAGAUGUUUAUUAAAGAGGAGAGUGAAGAUAUGGCUUAUCCAGAAGCAUGCAGAAUUAAAACCGAACACACUGACGAACAAACAGACUUGAUGGAAAUGAAAGAGGAAGACCAAGAACCAAUAGAAGUGAAAGAAGAAUGUCAAGAACUGAAUGAAGUGAAGGAGGAACAUCAGAAUUUCAUAACUGGAGAAAAAUCUUUUAGUUGCUCACAGACUGAAAAUAAUUUCUCACAAAACAAAACUCAACCAGAAAAUUCCUUCACAUGUCCUCAGUGUGGAAAGAGUUUUAUGUGUAAAGGAAACCUUUUGAUUCACAUUACUCUUCACAUUGGAGAGAGCCCUUUCACAUGCCAUCAGUGUGGAAAGAGCUUCACACAGAAAGAAAUUCUAAAGAAACACUUAAGAAUUCACACUGGACAGAAACCUUUCUCAUGCCAUCAGUGUGGAAAAAGUUACGCAAACAAAUCUGGCCUUAAAAGACACAUACGAUUUCACACUGGAGAGAGCCCUUUUUCAUGCCAUCAAUGUGGAAAGAGUUACACACAGAAACAAAGUCUUCAGAUACACAUAAGAACUCACACUGGAGAGAAACCUUUUACAUGCACUCAGUGUGGAAAGAGUUUCAUACGGAAAGCAAGUCUUACCAAGCACAUGAAAAUUCACAUUGCAGAGAAACCAUUUAUGUGUCCUCAGUGUGGAAAGAGUUUCAUACGGAAAGAAGGUCUUAACAUGCACAUGAAAAUUCACACUGGAGAGAAGAGUUUCACUUGCCUUCAGUGUGGAAAAAGUUACAUAGACAAUAUAGGCCUCAAACGACACAUGAGAUUUCACACGGGAGAGAAGCCUUUCACAUGCUCUCAGUGUGGAAAAAGUUUCAUAAGGAAAGGAGAUCUUAACAUGCACAUGAAAAUUCACACUGGAGAGAGGCCUUUCACAUGCCUUCAGUGUGGUAAAAGUUACAUAGACAAAUUAGGCCUUGAAAGACACAUGAUUUUUCAUACUGGAGUAAAGCCUUUCUCAUGCCUUCAGUGUGGUAAAAGUUUCACGUCUAAAAGAUCCCUUCAGGUGCACAUAAGGAUUCACACUGGAGAGAAGCCAUUCAUUUGUCAUCAAUGUGGAAAGAGUUUCAUUAAUAAAGGAAAUCUUAAGGACCACAUAAGAUGUCACACUGGAGUGAAGCCUUUCAUAUGCUUUCAGUGUGGGAAAAGUUUUUUGCGUAAAGGAAACGUUGAUGUGCACAUGAGAAUUCACACUGGAGAGAAGCCUUACACAUGCCUUCAAUGUGGAAAGAGAUUCGCUCGUAAAGGAAACGUUGACAUGCACAUGAGAAUACACACUGGAGAGAAGCCUUACAUAUGCCAUCAAUGUGGAAAGAGUUUCAGUCGAUCACACACCCUAAAAAAACAUGGGAGAGUUCAUGCAGAGAAACCAUAACACCAGGAUUCAUGUGGGAAAAGUAAAAGAAAAGGGCAUUGCCCAGUUGUUGUAGUGAGCAAACUGAAAGUAAUGGUAUGAAAUUUAGAAACUCGAAGGUGUAAUUGCUCUUUUGGAAGAAAUUCUGUCUAAAUUAAAAGAUUUUUGUACAUUGCAUUACCUGUAAUGAUGAAUCAGUUGUCAUUCUGUAUAAAGGUUCGUAGGAAGGACAGCUGGGCAAUACAGCAAAAACAGUUAAAAUAUAAUGUAUAUAUAAAGGGGCUAUUAAAAUGUACACACCCCAGUUAAAAUAGCAGGUUUUUGUUGUAAUGCAUAAGAUGAAACCGAGUUAAAUCAUGUUAGUUCUUGUUCCACCUUUAAUGAUAAUGCAACCAACAAAAUUCAACUUAAGAAAAAAAUUGAUUUUUUUUUAGAAGAAUAAAUAAAAAUAAGACUUACAAUAACCUGGUUUCAUAAGUGUGCAAACACCUUAACUAAUAUUUGAAGCACCUUUUGUUUGUUUUACAGCACCCAGUAAUUUUUUUCACAUUUUGCCAGUUUUUUAUUUAGUUACUUAACAAUUUAAAGUGUACAAAAAAAAAAAAUAUAUAAAAAAAAUAAUUAAAAGAAGUACAUACACACACACACACACAUUCAUGACCUGUACCAAACCCCCAAGUCCCCUCCUACCAAAUUCCACCUCCACUGAACCAUUAUCUGGUCUUAAGGUAUAGAUCAGUCCAUUCAUGAUUGCCCAUCAUGAUUAAGUAAACACAACACAGCAUAUUAUAACAAGAAAUGGAAGGAACAAGUAGACUGGAAAUAUACACAGAUGAGCUAAAACAUUAUGACCACCUGCCUAAUAUGCUGUUGGUCCUCUGCGUGCCAUCAAAACAGCACCGACCCACUGAGGCAUGGACUCUACAAGACCCCUUUAGGUGUCCUGUGGUAUCUGGAACCAAGACAUAAGCUGCAGAUCCUUCAAGUCCUGUAAGUUGCAUUGUGGAGCCGCCAUGGAUCGGACUUGUUGGUCCAGCACAUCCCACAGAUGCUCAUUCGGAUUGAGAUCUGCAAAAUUUGGAGGUAAGGGCAACACCUUGAACUCAUCAUGUUCCUCAAACCAUUACCGAACAAUGUGUGCAGUGUGGCAGGGCACAUUAUCCUGCUGAAAGAGGCCACUGCCAUCAGGGAGUACCUUUGCCAUGAAGGGGUAUGCCUGGUCUGCAACAAUGUUUAGGUAGGUGGCACAUGUCAAAUUGACAUCCACAUGAAUGGCCGGACCCAGGGUUUCCCAACAGAACAUUGCCCAGAGCAUCACACUCCCACCACAGGUUUCUCUUCUUCCCACAGUGCAUCCUGGUGCCAUCACUUCCCCAGGUAAACGGCACACACAUACACGGCUGUCCAUGUGAUGUAAAAGAAACAGGACUCAUCAGACUAGGCGACCUUCUUCCACUGCUCCAAGGUCCAGUUCUGAUGCUCGCAUGCCCAUUGUAGGCUUCUGAUAGGCUAAUUGGCUAACUGGAGUCAAUUGGUGGUGGAUGUAUUUUAAAGCCUACCUUCAAACUCAGUGCCUCUUUGCUUGAAAUCAUGGGAAAAUCAAAAGAAAUCAGCCAACACCUUAGAAAAAAAUUGUGGACCUCCACAAGUCUGGUUCAUUCUUGAGAGCAAUUUCCAAAUGACUGAAGGUACCACAUUCAUCUGUACAAACAAUAGUACGCAAGUAUAUACACCAUGGGAUCACGCAGCCAUCAUACCGCUCAGGAAGGAGACGCAUUCUGUCUCCUAGAGAUUAACGUAGUUUGGUGCAAAAAGUGCAAAUUCAUUCCCAGAACAACAGCAAAGGACUUUGUGAAGAUGCUGGAGGAAACAGGUAGACAAGUAUCUAUAUCCACAGUAAAACGAGUCCUAUAUCGACAUGACCUGAAAGGCUGCUCAGCAAGGAAGUAGCCACAGCUCCAAAACUGCCAUGAAAACGCCAGACUACAGUUUGCAAGUGCACAUGGUGACAAAGAUCUUACUUUUUGGAGAAAUGUCCUCUGGUCUGAUGAAACAAAAAUUUUCAUCAUUUUUAUGUUUGGAGUAAAAAGGGUGAGGCUUGCAAGCCAAAGAACACCAUCCCAACCAUGAAGCAUGGGGUGGCAGCAUCAUGUUGUGGGGGUGCUUUGCUGCAGGAGGGACUGGUGCACUUCACAAAAUAGAUGGCAUCAUGAGGAAGGAAAAUGAUGUGGAUAUAUUGAAGCAACAUCUCAAGACAUCAGCCAGGAAGCUCGGUCGCAAAUGGGUCUUCCAAAUGGACAAUGACCCCAAGCAUACCUCUAAUGUUGUGGCAAAAUGGCUUAAGGACAACAAAGUCAAGGUAUUGGAGUGGCCAUCACAAAGUAAUGACCUCAAUCAGAGAUUUCUGUGAUAGCAGUAUUCUGCAUCAAGCUAACAGAGAUGCAGAUGCAAAAUGUCAUCUUGUCUGUGGUUUAAAGUCUGUUGUUCAGUUGAUACCCUAAAAAUAACGAUCAAGGGUCAACAUUUCAAUUUAAUUUCAAGGACAUCAGAAAGGGUUUUGAAGAAAGAUUUCCUGUAAUUCUGCAGAUUGGGGCAAUGUGUAAGAAUGUGAUUUAAGAAUACUGGGUGGAAGUUUAUAUUUGUCAUACAAGUCAGGGACAUUAGGGUGCAUUUCAGAAAUUUUAGAUUUUUUGACUUUAAACUGUGUAAGGCCCAGUCAUGUGCAUGUUAGGGUAAAUCAGUCCUUUUUUUUUUUUUUACUUCAGUGCAGGCAAAUUCAUGGACAUACAUUUAGUCUUCUGCAGGUUGAGUUUAUAACCUGAGAAACAGACAAAAACUUACAUUAAGGAUAAUAAACCUGAUAAACGCACAACUGAGUGGUGACAUACAAGAGCCUCGUGCCAGAAUAAAAAAGUCAAACAUGGUGCCAUUGGUACAGAAAGGCUAGAUGAGAAGUGUACAACAGACAAAUCCAAGAAAUCACUCUGUCCUCAAAACCAAACUUUCUUAAAACAGCAAAGGGAUAUUCCCAUUCAAUCCGAACAAACGUCUUCUCCGCAUCUUCUCCGCAACGAAAUAAAAAUCUCAAGAGAUUUAUUACAGUGCUUCAAAUUGAGUAUAUUGAAAAGGGAAUUACAGUAAUUUUAGAUAAAGAAUAUUUACCUUUAAUAAAGCCAGAUUGUUUGUCUGAUAUAAUACUUUAUAGAACACCUAGAUGAGAUGCAAGCAGUUUUGAAAGGAUCUUAAUGUUGAUUGGACAGAAUAAUAUCAAGGGAUAAGGGAGCGUAAACUGAAAUAGAGCUGGUAGGAAAGUCUUUAUUUAAAAAAAGUAUGAAAAACUGUUUCUCAAGUACUCGAGUGCUUGGAAGCAACAGCAGUAAUCGAUCAUGAAAACGAUUAUCAAUAUUGAAAAUGCGUGAUGUGACUUUCCACUAAAUUCGAACUCAAGUGUCAAGUAAACAGAUAUGUCAAAGAGGGACCUUAUUUAUAACUUUGAGCUUGAUUACAUUGUGAUUUUCAGCGCUGCCUUGAUUGUCAACAGAGACGUCUCAUAGCAACCAAACUGAUAAUGUUGCAAUGCUAUUGUUUGUUCUACAGAGUUACUGUAAGAGAGUACAAUUAACCGUGUUUUGAACCCCUGUCUCUGCAAACGUUUGCUAAACAAGUUUUAUUAUCUGUCAGGGUCCUUUCACUUUGUUCUGUCAUGUUUUUUGUAGUGACAUGAUCCUGACACUCAUGUUCGGUGUUUUCGUGUGAGUGCAUGGUUUUGGGUGUUAAUUUCUUGCCCUGCGCUCUUCUGUCCAGUCUGUGUUUUUAUGUUUGAAGCAUGGUGUCUGGAUCAUGACUCUUCUGUCUUGUACAGUUUUGUUUCUGAGUGAGGAUCCAAAUACUCAUGCUCCAUGUCUCGUCUUUGUGAGCACAUGGCUUUAAGUUCGGCUCUUUUGCCAUGCAUUCCUCUGUGUUGUCUUUUAUGUUUUGUUUGAGCACAUGGUCAAUGAUGGUUUUGUUUCCCUUCUGUCAGGUUUGUUUGUCAUGUGCUCUCCUGUCUUUCGUCGAGACCCCACCCCCUUGUUUCCCUGUGAUUAGUUAAUUUCACCUACACUAUAUUGCCAAAAGUAUUCGCUCAUCUGCCUUUAGACGCAUAUGAACUUAAGUGACAUCCCAUUCUUAAUCCAUAGGGUUUAAUAUGACGUCGGCCAACCCUUUGCAGCUAUAACAGCUUUAACUCUUCUGGGAAGGCUGUCCACAAGGUUUAGGAGUGUGUUUAUGGGAAUUUUUGACCAUUCUUCCAGAAGCACAUUUGUGAGGUCAGACACUGAUGUUGGACGAGAAGGCCUGGCUCGCAGUCUUCGCUCUAAUUCAUCCCAAAGGUGCUCUAUCGGGUUGAGGUCAGGACUCUGUGCAGGCCAGUCAAGUUCUUCCACACCAAACUCGCUCAUCCAUAUCUUUAUGGACCUUGCUUUGUGCACUGGUGCGCAGUCGUGUUGGAACAGGAAGGGGCCAUCCCCAAACUGUUCCCACAAAGUUGGGAGCAUGGAAUUGUCCAAAAUCUCUUGGUAUGCUGAAGCAUUCAGAGUUCCUUUCACUGGAACUAAGGGGCCAAGCCCAGCUCCUGAAAAACAACCCCACACCAUAAUCCCCCCUCCACCAAACUUCACAGUUGGCACAAUGCAGUCAGACAAGUACCGUUCUCCUGGCAACCGCCAAACCCAGACUCGUCCAUCAGAUUGCCAGAUGGAGAAGCGUGAUUCGUCACUCCAGAGAACGCGUCUCCACUGCUCUAGAGUCCAGUGGCGGCAUGCUUUACACCACUGCAUCCAACGCUUUGCAUUGCACUUGGUGAUGUAUGGCUUGGAUGCAGCUGCUCGGCCAUAGAAACACAUUCCAUGAAGCUCUCUACGCACUGUUCUUGAGCUAAUCUGAAGGCCACAUGAACUUUGGAGGUCUGUAGCGAUUGAAGUUGGCGACCUCUGCGCACUAUGCACCUCAGCAUCCGCUGACCCCGCUCUGUCAUUUUACGUGGCCUACCACUUCGUGGCUGAGUUGCUGUCAUUCCCAAUCGCUUCCACUUUGUUAUAAUACCACUGACAGUUGACUGUGGAAUAUUUAGUAGCGAGGAAAUUUCACGACUGGACUUGUUGCACAGGUGGCAUCCUAUCACAGUACCACGCUGGAAUUCACUGAGCUCCUGAGAGCGGCCCAUUCUUUCACAAAUGUUUGUAGAAGCAGUCUGCAUGCCUAGGUGCUUCAUUUUAUAUACCUGUGGCCAUGGAAGUGAUUGGAACACCUGAAUUCAAUUAUUUGGAUGGGUGAGCGAAUACUUUUGGCAAUAUAGUGUACCUUCCCUCGUUACCCUCCUCAUUUCCUUCCCUAUUUUUUCUCCCUGUUCUCUCUGUCCUGUGCCAGUUCGUUGUGUGUGAUUUUUCACCCUGAUAGGUUUCUGUCAGUUCCAGUCAGUCUGUCUGGUCCUGUUCCUCCAGCCCAGCCAGUUGGUUUAUUUGUCUGCCCUGGACUGUGAAGUUUUCCCCUACGGGGUUUUUUCAUUUAUGUAAAUAAAGCCCUUUUUACUUUAA